CUCGUGUCCACAUUGUCCAGUAUAAAAGCUGAUCUAAUUUCCAGUUACAUUAGCACUAAGAUUACAAAAUCAGCUCUUUCACCAUGUUGCCGUUCGUUCUCCUCUUCGCCGCCGCUUUGGCCAGUGGUCCCCCAAUCGUCCUUGACGACCCAACACUCUGUCUUCCAAGUGGUUACAUCUCUGGUGUAGAUUUUGGAUUGGACUGUUGUACUUUCGUUGUAUGCGACAACGCUAGGCUCAACAAGACUGGCUUCCAGGGAAAAUGCAUGGGAGGAACCGUAUGGAAUCAAGCUCUCUUGGUCUGCGAUGAUGCUAAAUAUGUUCCCGACUGCGACCCAACAACAUGCGACGUCCCAAAGAGAACCAAUGCCGAGUGCGCCGAUCCUCAACCUUCUGGUACCACAUGUUGUGUAGGACAGAACAGAGAGAAUGGCAAGAACGGAUACGAGCCAGUCUUCACCGCUGGAUCAUCACCUGAAAAUUUCAUCCGUGGAAAUGACCGUGAAGAACAAUCUUGCCCAUUCGGCCAGGUCUUCGUCCUGGAAUCAUGCUGUUGUGAAUACGAAUACGCCUUUGUCGAGCCAUGCACUGACACCAGCGGAUAUUACUUCGCCAACCCCGAGGACGGAUGUUGCUCAUACCUUCAAUGUUGGGUCAACAGAACCGGAUUCGACGUCGUACCAUGCAUGGCACCAAGUGUGUGGAAUGACGAUAACAAAACUUGUGACAUCGUCAACAAUGUCAUGGACUGCAUGGGAGUUGAUUGUGGACCUGAGAUGACUGACACCCCAUGCCCAGACACCUUCGAUGGAGACUGUUGCCGAAAUGGAUUGUUCUACACACUUGGCCCAGAUAGUACCCAGUACACCAUCGCUGGAGCAGAGGGAAAUGACAAUGAUCGUCUCCUUUGUUGCCCAGUAAACAUGGCCGGAGAGCAGAUGGUCUUCAACGCUGACCCCGAUGUCUGUUGCUGCGAGGUUGAGGAGAUCUUCUAAACUCUCCUUAAUAUAGAGAACUAGUUUUUGCAAUGUAUUGAUCUAAGAUAAAAUAUACAUUUAUAAAAUAGUCUUACUAAUU